GUUGGACGCCAUGACUGUAACCCAUGACAACACAGUCUCUUCCACAUAGAGAGAACAGGAGGGCUGUACACUUGAUUACAAAGUAUUAAACAAUUUAUUUUAGCAAGAUGUCAGGGGACGAUGUAAUCGACACGAAGGAGCUUGAACUCGAAAGAAUUAUUGGUUUUAAUGGUAAAGUACCGUCAGGUUUAAUCGUCCACCCUGACAGAGAACACAUCAUCUAUCCACUGGGCUGCAACAUAAUUAUUGAAGACAUCACCAAACAGGCCAAGCAGUGCAUUCUUUCCUCUCACACAAAUAAUGUUACCUGCAUUGCUGUUUCAAACAAUGGCUGCUAUAUUGUAUCAGGGCAGGAAACCUACAUGGGAUUCAAGGCAUGUAUAACACUGUGGGACUACAGGACAAAGACAGCUAUUCAAAAGUGGGAACUCCACAAAGUAAAAGUUGAGGCAUUGACUUUUUCUGCCAACGACAAAUACGUUAUUUCUCUUGGUGGCCAAGAUGAUGGAUCUGUGGUGGUCUGGGACAUGGCAACCAAAGAGCCUAUCUGUGGAUCUCCUGCCCAGGUGGUUAGUGCUGGGAUCACCACAUGUCUGGCAGCAUCCAAAGUCAGUGAUGACGUGUUUGUUACCGGAGGAGACAAUACUCUCCGUGUAUGGACAUUGGAUAGAGAGAAUCGCAAAAUACGACCAUCAAACACAAACCUUGGUGGACUCAAGCGAAUCAUUACAUGCAUUGAGGUGGUUGACGACCAGGAUGAUAAGUUGUCUUACUUUUUCUGUGGCACAACAACAGGAGACAUCUUGUGCAUUAACAAAAACACAAAUAUUCUUCAAUGUGAAGUCCCUGGGAAGAACAAAUUCAGCCUUGGAGUGACAGCCAUUUCAUUUGUUAAGAUGACAGACAAAGGUUUCAACUUGCUUAUAGGCACGGGAAAUGGCAUUGUUGGAAAUUAUGAAAUCGGUAUGGCAUUUGAGAAUGCUAAUAAAGUAAAAGCCAUAUUCAAACACAGAAAUGAUAUUCAGCCAUGGAAACAUGAAGCUGAAACAAGUGCAGUGACUUCCAUCGCUAAAAGAGGGGCCGGGCAUCAGUUCUAUGUUGGGACAGCUCAGUCACAAGUGUACAAAUUUCAAUUUGCUGACUUUACAGCCGAACUGAUAAAAACCUGCCACUCUUCUCCAGUAAACGAUGUUAUUUUUCCAUAUGGUGUGUCUCAACUGAUUUUGACAUGUCAAGAAGGAGAAAUCAGAGUCUGGAACUUGGACACUGGCAAAGAGUUGAGGAGAUUUGUUCUGGCUAACAAGACAUGCAAUGCUCUGGCAAUCUCAAGGGAUGGAAAACUAAUUGUAUCUGGUUGGAAUGAUGGCAAAAUGAGGAUAUUUGGAUUUAAAGCUCAAGAUCUUACCCUGGAAUUGAAACAUGUUGUGAUGGAUGCACACAACAAAGGUGUCACUGCUGUUGCCAUGACAUCAGGAGGAGACUGCAUAAUCAGUGGAGGGGGAGAGGGAAUGGUUAGAGUUUGGGAUAUAAUCUCAGGGGUAGAUCAAUCCGGCAAAAAAGAAAUCAGAGUUAAACUGAGACAGAGUAUGAAGGAGCACAAGAAUUUUGUGUCACAAAUUGUUAUCCGAUCAAAUGAUAAGGAAUGUGCUUCAGCAGGUGGGGAUGGCACAACUAUCAUGUGGGAUUUGACUAAAGGCUCACGUAAAAACGUGGUGUUUGCUAACACACUAUUCAAAAGUGUUUGCUAUGGUGAGGAAGAGCUUCAAAUCAUCACUUGUGGUACUGACCACAAACUGGGCUACUGGGAGACAUAUGAUGGCUCAAUGAUCAGAGAGCUAGAAGGGGCUAAAGCUGGUGCCAUUAACUCAAUGGACAUCACAGCAGACCAACAUGCAUUUGUCACCGGUGGAGAGGAAAAACUGAUAAAGUGUUGGCUGUACAGAGAAGGAGAAGUAACUCAUGUUGGCCUAGGACAUAGUGCCAAUGUUCAGCGUGUACGAAUUGCCCCUGACUCAAAGAGCAUUGUUAGUGUCAGUGAAGAUGGUGCCAUUUUACAGUGGAGAUUUCCUAAAAUUUGAAAUCAAACUUAAUAUUAAAAAAUAACCUGGUUAUAACAUCCAAGCCUUAAGCUAACAGUUGAUUAGAGUUUUGUUCUGCAAUGUGUAUUCCCUAAAAUAAAAAUAGUAAAAUAUGUGAAUAAAAAGUAACUAGAGCAAUGCUUUUAUGUUAGAAAAUGAAACAACAUUCUGUUCUGUUAAAAAAUGAAAGAGUAAUCAUAAUUGGAUUUAAAAAUGCAAAAUUUCUUUUUAAAAAAUUGCAGAGAAUUAUUUAAAUUUUAAGAAUAAUUUAAAGUGUAUCCACAUGUUCUGUUUAAAUAACAUCCUUCAUCUUGGACACAAUAAUAAACUUGUUUUGAUAAAUUUAAUUAAAAUAUACUGCAUCUUAACUUUGAUUAAUUUUCUCUACUAUGCCAAGAAUACGGGCUUAUUUUAACUUUAAACUGUAGAUAUUUGCAAGAGUUGUUUUCUGUCAAUUUUUAUCAGACGUUCUCUUUUUUAUCUAUACAUGGUAUUUUUUAUUUCAUAUUGAUCUAUUAGAAUACACGAAUAUUUUCUGAUGAAAUUUACUCAUGAAAGUUUAAUGUUAAGAGGUUUUAAGUUUUAUAAGUCUAAAAAACAUCCAUGAAUAACUAUCCCCCUCCCAUUGUGACUGUAAUAAAACUUCUUUUUUGUUUUGUUAAUUUAAGAUUGGGUAGCGUUGGAUGUAUGAAAGAAUGUUUUUGUGAAUAAUUACAAUUUAUAAAUGUAACUAUUAAUUUUUCCGAGAUGUAAGCAAUGUACUGUAUCCAUAAUUUUUGUCAAUCACUGGUUUAGUUUCUUUGGUACUACUAUUUUUAAAACAAAUUAAAGAUAAUUUUGAUAAAAAUAUGUUAAGACUGUAUAGUUUUCACUGGUUUUAAUAAAACGCUACAAACAAC